GCUUUGUUCAUGUUUUGUGAUAUUUAAAGAGUUAACAUCUGAUAAUCCAUAGAGAGCAAUUAUUAUCUAAGUAUCUCAAUAUUCGAAUAAUGUGACCUAUAGAAAUCUUGUUCCUUGUUUAUGUAUUUUAAGCAACUUUGCUUGAUUAAUCUAUAUAUUGAUAUUCCAAAGAUUCAUAGUUUAUGCAUGUUUGGUCUUCUUUGAUUCCAUGCUUUAUGACACUUAAAACUAUGAUUCCCACAUGAAGGUACAUAUAUCUUUCUCCUAAUGAAAAUAAAUUUAGUUUUUCUGAAUCAUACAUUGUAAUUAAUUGAUGACAUCCUCUCUUAGCCUAAUCAUGGAUCCUAGAACUGACAUAUACGAACCAUCAUAUGGAACAAUAUUUGGUUGUCACAAUGUAAACAUUAAUCUAAAAUACAUGCUUAAAAGUAUGUUUCGUGCUUCAGCGAUCAGGCCAUUUAAACAAGGAAGAUAUCAAGAAGAUAAUCAUAAGGUGUACACAGGGACACUUCCAAAUGGGCAAUUGGUUGCUGUUAAAAGAGCUCAACUAAGGUCAACACAAGGUGGACUUGAGUUCAAAACUAACAUUGAGCUUCUUUCAAGAGUUCAUCACAAGAAUGUUGACGGGCUUGUUGGUUUCUGUUUUGAUGAAGGUGAACAGAUGCUUGUAUAUGAGUUUAUUGUCAAUGGUAUACUCAAGGAUAGCCUUUCAGAAGCUAUUUGGGUGAAGGUUGUCGAUUCCAUUCAUGUAGCCCAUCUUGAUAAUUCGUCGAAAUGUGGUUAUUACUCUGUUGACGUGGUUAUGGGAUUUAAAGGCGACACUUCUUUAGCCAUUACUUUUCACCAUAUAUAUGCUUUGGAUAUUUACAAAGAUGCUAGAGUCACAGAUAGAGUGGAUGUGGAUGCUUUUCUUUCUUUUCUACUUAGGUUACCGAGAGGUGGGAUGGUGGAGACACAAUGGAAUGAGCUCAUGUCUAUUCUCAGGUCUGUAACUACUACUUCUUCUCUAGAUUUUCUUGGUUGGUCGCAUGAUCCUACGGAUCUGUACACCGUCUCUUCGGCUCACUCUUUCAUUGAUGCAAGUUCUUUGAUUAUUGGAAAUGUCAAUGCGGUGUGGAAGACUUGGGUUCCCAUCAGACUUAAUAUAUUGUUAUGGUGGCUCAGAUUAGGAAGAAUCCUGACUAGAGAGAGAUUAUCCGCUAGAGGCAGUGGCGUAGCCACAUUAGUACAAGGGUGGGUAUUGGCCCACCCAAAUAAAUUUGAGAUUCGUCAGUCUCAAGUGGAAUCGAUAUUACAUAUAUUUCUUGUUUGCCCGUCUUUAAAAGAUAUCCGGUUGCGUAUUGCUAAUUGGUGGGAUGUGGACCUUCCAAAUGUGCUUUCGAUAAUGGCUUACAUUUCUUAG